AUGUCUUCCGAUAUUCUCACGACACCUGAACUCGAUCAUAUAAUUCAAAAUUUAAAAGUUUCAAAACUAGAUGAAAUCGGUACUAUAGACUGGUUCAAAGACAGAGAUAAACUUUGUAAAAUUCACCAGGUUAGUGUUUUGGAAGCAGAAUCCCCACCUUGUGAAGAAAGAGUCAAAUCAGCUCUGGUAGCAAAUAACAACAUUGAAGUUUUUGUUAAAGAAUUGGUCACUCUAGCAGUUUGGAGAAUUAAAAUUUUACCUGAAAUGUGUAAAUUUUCUCCAAAACCAGAGCAAGUUAUACCCACAUAUAUUAUAUUGUACAGUGAGCAACUCAUUGCAUCUAUUUUAGAGGUUGUAUUGUUCUAUGAGGAAGUAUUUUGGGAUUUAUAUGAGUCUUGCAUAGAUUUGGUUGACUAUUCAAUAUCUCAUCUGAUAGUGCUUGAUACCAAAGCAGCGUAUAAAGUCAGUGAAAAUGCCUUCAGUGAUAGUGACACAUUAAAAGUAAUUAAUAAUAAUAUAACUCUUAUGAAUUGUUGUGUCAGUGCUUCAAGCUUGAGCAUACUACGUUAUGUUGUAGAAAAUUUGGAUAAGGUGCGCCUGACUGCAGCAUCCACAAUAUAUACCACUUAUGAUCUACCAGUGAUAGUUGCUCAUUUAAUCGAUAAGAAUGUGUGGUCCAUUAAGGAUGGAGAUAAGGUUUACAAAUAUGUCGACAACAAAUGGAAGGAAUGGCUACCAAGUGAUCCUGUGCUAAGUAAAGUAGAAUGUCAAGCAUGGUUAUUGUUGAGAGAAUUACUAAUGAAUUCCACGGUAGAUACUGUUUAUUCAUACACUAAUUAUAGAAAAGAAGUACUGUCCAAGCUUGUACGUCAUCUUCAUGAUAGUGUUGUCGAUCAACUUAGUCCUUUGGCAGACUUGAAACUUUGGCUUCAUAGAUUGAGCCUGGUAUCACCCAAAGAUGAUAUGAAGAAUCCUUUUAUUCUUGAGAUUAACUCCGGUUACAAAGAAGAAUUAUUGGCAGAUUAUAAUGAUAAAUGGAAGGAAAUUGCUGAGAAAGUAGUGACCUUAUUGUUCUAUCCACGUCACAAUGAUUUAGUCAAUAUUGUUAAAGGUUUCGCAAAUGGAUUAGAUGGAUUGAUAGAUGUUGCUGAUAAUAUCAAUACUUGUGCUGUAUGUUUUGCGAAAGCUUUGAAGCGGUGCUCUAAGUGUCGCAAAGUUUGGUAUUGCUCUCGACAAUGUCAAGUAGAUAAUUGGGCAUCCCAUAAGUUACUAUGUGGUAAAUGA